UCGCCCAGAGCUCCGAGUCCCGUGGCCCCGGCGCUCCGGGCCCAGACGGCGCCAACAUGGAGCUGGGGCUGGCAGGCCGGCGCGUGCUGGUCACCGGGGCGGGCAAAGGCAUCGGGCGCGGCACCGUCCAGGCCCUGCACGCGGCGGGUGCACGGGUGGUGGCCGUGAGCCGAACCCGCGCAGACCUGGACAGCCUUGUCCGUGAGUGCCCCGGGGUAGAGCCCGUGUGCGUGGACCUGAGCGACUGGGAGGCCACGGAGCGGGCGCUGGGCGGCGUGGGCCCCGUGGACCUGCUGGUGAACAACGCAGCGGUGGCGCUGUUGCAGCCCUUCCUGGAGGUCACCAAGGAGGCCUGUGACACGUCCUUCGACGUGAACCUGCGCGCCGUCAUCCAGGUGUCCCAGAUUGUGGCCAGGGGCAUGAUUGCCCGGGGAGCCCCCGGGGCCAUCGUGAAUGUGUCCAGCCAGGCCUCCCAACGCGCCCUGACCAACCACAGUGUCUACUGCUCCACCAAAGGUGCCCUGGACAUGCUGACCAAGGUGAUGGCCCUGGAGCUGGGGCCCCACAAGAUCCGAGUGAACGCGGUGAACCCCACCGUGGUGAUGACACCCAUGGGCCAGGCCAACUGGAGCAACCCCCACAAGGCCAAGCCUCUGCUGGACCGAAUCCCGCUCGGCAAGUUUGCCGAGGUGGAGCACGUGGUGGACGCCAUCCUCUUCCUGCUGAGCGACCGGAGUGGCAUGACCACAGGCUCCACCCUGCCGGUGGACGGGGGCUUCCUGGCUACCUGAGCCGCACGCGCCUCGGGGCCCCGUGGAGCCCCUCCCUGCCCCCAGCCCCAAUAAACCCGUGUGCCGACUCCCA